UCUGUUCUUUUCUUGCUUAAAUUUUCCAUUAUGACUAAGUGGAACACACGCUUUUGCAAACCCAUGUGAGAUGCUCUCCAGCCAUUCCACACAACCACAUAGUACAAAGAUUUGCCCACGCAUCCCCGCAAUCCGAAUCAUAGUCGAAGGUUAGCUGUUUGAGCAAAUUCUGAGCCCAAGAUUAGCUUUGUUCUGGGGAUGUGAAAUUCCAGGCAGAGAUGGCAUCUUUCAGUGGGUUAGGAAUUGGUUUGAGUCUGGUCUUUGGGUGCCUCCUGCUGGCUCUUGUUGCAGAGCUUUACUAUUUGUUAUGGUGGAGGAAGAGGAGAAUCGCCAGCGCAGAGAUUGAAGAUGAUUACAGCAAAUAUGCGAGGGAAUUCUUUCAAUUUAUCUGCUGGAAGAGACCCUCUUCUUUGCAGACCAACAACACUCAAGAAAGUGUGAGAGACCCAGAUUCCAAUUGUGAAGAACCAGACCUAGAGCUGGGCUCUGGCAAGGAUUUUCUGCUGAAGGCCUUUGGGGAAGAAGGUGUGGAAUCAGAGCUCAUGAGGCUGCACAAUCUUGCAGGCCCACCAAGAUUUCUCUUCACAAUCAAAGAGGAAACCAAGGAGGAUUUGGAGUCUGAAGAUGGGAAAUCUAGAGGUGAUAGAAGCAGAAAAGGGUCAAGAACGAGGAGCUUGAGUGAUCUUGUUGCGGCUGUUGACAGCCCAUUCCUUGCCCCUUUGGCUUCCCCACGACUAAAGACUCCUCCUUUGAACGCUUUGGAUUCUUACAACCACCACGGAUUCAACCCUCUCUUUGAAUCUUCAGCGGAGGCAGAAAUGAACAGGCUGAGAUCUUCACCCCCUCCAAGCUUCAAGUUCUUGAGGGAUGCAGAGGAGAAACUGUAUAGAAGAUUGAGGGAAGAAGCGGAGAAAAGGGCACUGCAGAAUUGUGGGUCUGUUCAAUAUUCUGGGGUUAAAGCCUCUCCCAAUUCGACAGUGGCCACAGAAGAAGAAAAAGAUGGGCCUUUCCUCAAAUUCAUUGCUGGAAAAAACGAAGAGAGUGAGCUUCCUCACAACCUACCUCAAUAUCCUUCAAGCUCCUCACAGGUACUGCCACUGGCUUCUUCCCCUACAACAUUCAGGCCGCUUGACAAAGCACCCCUGGUGCAUUAGAUAUGAAUUACCAUGAAAUGUGCCUUCGUUAAUUCUUUUCACAUGUUAAUCCAUUUUUCCAAGAUGAUUAAUUCUGUCUUUUUGAUGCUUUUUUGGGUUCUUAUUUCUUCUGUCUUGACUGUUUGUUUUGGGGAAGAUGGACAUGGUUAAUCAACUACAGUUUUGAA